UGAGUAUUACUCGUACUGCAUGAUAAUAUAUACCUGAGAUUGUUUUGUACCAUAACUUGAGAAGGAAAAGGCGCAAAUAUGAGUGGGACUUUGUCGGAUUUAAACGCUAAGCAGGCAGAUGCUCUCAAAGCAAUUAGAACCAACCUUGAUGAAGUAUUACAAGAAAAGCAUGAUGACCAUUGCCUGUUGAGAUUCUUAAGAGCAUGCCGUUUCAACGUGAAGAAAGCAGAGGAGAAAUUCCGUCGGGAUCUGGAUUGGCGAAUAAAGAACAAUAUCGACAGCAUACACGACUGGUAUGAGAUACCAGAGCCUUGCUUGAAGUAUUGGCCAGGAGGAGCGACGGGAUUAGACAAGGAUGGUCACGUGGUAUGGAUAGCUCCUCUUGGUAACGUAGAUCCUAAAGGUAUGCUGUACUCAGUAAAGGCUGGAGACAUCGUGAAAACAAAUAUCAGCAUCUUGGAAAGACUUGUAAAUGAACAGAAGAUCAUCUCUAAGAAGCUUGGUCGUCACAUUGAGGGCAUCACAUUCAUCGUCGAUCUUGAACACCUAGGCGCAGGUCACAUAUGGAAACCAGGCAUGAAAGUCAUGACUGAGAUCGCUUCGUUGUUCGAAGAGCAUUAUCCCGAAAUCAUCCAUCGUAUGUACAUCGUGCGACCUACCAAGAUCUUUCCAGCCGUCUACUUCCUCCUCAAACCAUUCCUCGAUGAGGGCACCAGAUCCAAGAUGCAUGCACUGGGCGGUAACUGGCGUGACGUUCUUUUGAAGCACAUAGAUGCUGAAGUCCUUCCGGUUCAUUGGGGAGGAACCAUGACAGACACUGAUGGCAACCCUAACAUGUGCCCUAGCAAGAUUAACCUAGGAGGGAAAGUUCCGUCGUUUUAUUACAAGAAGGGAAGUGACCUCACACAUGCUGACAUGACAUCUCAACAACUUCCGGGUAAGAGGUCGAUUGAGAUCAAGUACAAAGUCAAGACACUCGGCAGCAUAUUCAGAUACGAAUUCAAAACGGAAUCUCACGACAUCGCUUUCGGGAUCUACCGAUUCUUGCCUUCAGGAGAGAAGACUUUCAUCCUAGAAGAGAAGAGAUAUAACAGUCAUAUCGUGCCAGAGGACGGAGAAAUCCUCUUUGAAGAGCCAGGAUUGUACGUUGUGAAAUUCGACAACCAUGGGAGCACCUUUCAGAAGACACGCAAACUGAGCUACUGGAUGGAGGUCAUUGAACCACGCCUCGAGGUCACUGAUCACAUGCUCGGAGAAUCCUUGGACGAGAUCACAAGAGACAGUGGUUACCUCGAUGACAGAGGUCCGACAUCGAGAAACCGCUCGAACUCGCUGGAACGCUCGUCGACCUUACCUCGACCUCAGAGUCAAAUUCAAGGGCCGAUGAAAGGAUUGUCUCGGAAUAUGUCCUUCACUUAAGUCCUAGUCGGCACAAUCCAACCCCGACCCCCCCCCCCCCCGAAAAAA